AUGCACCCGGUGCCAGAGGCCUUUUGCCCGGCUGGAACACUUGCAGCGCCACGAGAGAACCCUGACCUCCUCAUUCGCCACGAGCGGCUUUCACAUGACAAAAACGGCUUCAAACGGAAGUAUGCCAAAGACAAGGCUGAUUCCUCCGACGACUUCAAGCAGCCUCCACGCGUGAGGAUUACCUCGAUCAGAGAUGGUGAUAGUCAAGAAACAACAAGUGACGGCCGUUCCAAUUCACCAACCGUGACGCCAUUCGCUGUAGGCAUGCUUGCACGCGCGACAAUCCCAAUGGACACGAGCUUCCACUCUCCAUUGGCAGCCUUGUCGUUUGCCGCUGAACAAAGCGCAUUCCGAGAUGCCCUCGCUGCCUCCUCGACUCAGGCCUCCAGGGUUACGCCUGGCAUGAACUCUGAGCCCGUGGUGCAAGCCAAUUCAUUGCCAACGUCUGCGGCAGCACCGUUGGCAGACCAAGAUAUUCCAGCAGCUUUGGACGAUGAGCCACUAGAAUCAUACCGUUUCUCGUCCACCGUUACUGCCGAACAGCCAGUACCCUUGUUUUCUCCCGAGCCAGUCUUGAAUCCAACCGAAUAUGAAACACCACAUGCGCAUCCGGUCUUCAGCCAAAGCCGCAGCCUUGACGAGUCAACCUCCCCGAGACCACUCUCAAACAUCUCGAACAUGGACAGACAAGAUAUCCUGAGCAGGAUGGCAGAAUUCGUUUCCGUAGUCCCUUCUGGUUUCCGACUGCCCUCACGACUUGCACUGUCUCGAUACAUUGGCGCAUACAUCGCCAGCUUUCACCCACACUUGCCCUUUCUUCACAUCCCCACAAUGACGGUAGAGAAUACCUGCGUGGAGCUUCUCUUGGCCCUCGCCGCUGUUGGAGCUCAACACUGCUUCGAAGAAGAGAAAGGGAUUGAACUGUUUCACACGGCUCGAGCCAUCGCAGCCCAGCGCAUCACCCGGAGGGAUGUCGGCCUCGCCAACCCCGACAAAGACUCGCUCUGGGCCAUGUCGGAAUCGACACGAAGCAGUUCGACAGACGGAGCAGACCUCAUGCAAACCGCCCAGGCUCUCCUGGUGCUGAUGGCAACGGCAACCUGGGCCAGACGCAAGGAAAUCCUUCGCGAAGCUCUCGCAAUCCAAAGCAUCCUAGCAACACUUGUCCGUGACGACGGCCUCCACAGCUCGCCGUAUCCCCCAGACAUAACGUGGGAGGAGUGGGCCCAGCAGGAGUCGCGCUUGCGGACCAAGUUCAUCGUCUUCUGCUUCUUCAACCUACACUGCAUCGUGUACAACAUCCCGCCACUGAUCCUCAACUUGGAGCUCAAGAUGCAACUCCCAUCCAGCGCCGCCGAGUUCGAGGCCACGUCAGCCGCCUCGUGGGACGCCGUCCGCAAACGCACCGCCGCCACCGCCUCGACUCCUCCAACAACCGACUCCUUCCAAUCCGCGCUCCGCCGCCUCUUCUCGCCCAGCAACCGCGACAUCUCCACCUCCACCCCCUCCUCCCCCCUCAGCAACCACAUCCUCAUCCACGCCCUCCACCAACACAUCUUCUUCGCCCGCCAAACCGCGCCCCCCUCCUCUCCCUCCUCCCUCCCCACCACCACCACCACCACCCCCACCGAGUCCGACGCCCUCCCCCCCUCCACCGCCUCCACCCUCACCCACGCCCUCCGCACCUGGCAACGCCACGCCUCCCCCUCCUCCAAUGCCCCAUCCCCCUCCAUUUCUUCCCCCCCAUCCCCCCCAACCAUCCCCUUCGCCAACACCGCCCUCCUCCGCCUCGCCCACACCCGCCUCCACACCGACACCAGCCCCGCCGCCCGCGCCGCCCUCGCCUCGCGCGACCCGCGCGCCGUCGCCCGCGCGCUGCGGGAAUGGCGUGGACCACCGUUAUCCUCUUCCUCCUCUUCCUCCUCCUCCUCAUCGCUAUCAUCAUUAUCGAAAAUGACGGCGGGGUCAAUGUCGACGGUGCCGCCGGUGGUGCGGCACAGCGUGCGGGCGUUGGGGGCGGUGGUGGAGGCGGCGGGGCUGCCGGUGGCGGCGACGGUGGGGAGGGCGCCGGUGGCGGCGUGGGGGGUGGAGUAUUGGGUUGUCGAGAUGGAGUGUGCGGUUUUGUUGGGGAAGUGGUUGGAGGGGGUGGCGGGGGAGGCGGAUCAGGGGGCGGGGGUACCUGGGGGUGGUGGUGGUGGGGGAAAGGAGGAGGGGGUGGCGCAGCAGGAGCGGCGGCGGGUUGUUGGGGUUGUGAGGGGCUUGUUGGAGGAGACGGAGUUUGCGGUGGAGGGGGGUGGUGAGGAGGAGGGGGAGGAGGGGGAGGGGGGGAUCGGCGCGGAGGUGGCGAGGCGGUUGGGGGCGGGGGUGUUGAGGGUUUGGGCGGGGGUUUUUGGGGCGGCGCAGACGUGGCCGGUGGUGGGGGUUAUGGGGUGUUCGUUGGGUAUUUAUGCGGACAUGAUGGAGUUGGGGCAGGUAGACUAG